GGAGUGAAUGCGCUCCAGCCUUCGCGGGCAGCGCUUUGGGCUUCCCCUCGGCCGCUUCCCGCCGGAACCUCUGCAGCGGUCCACCUGAAGGGCACCGGCAUCAUGGUCUAACGCGGCACCUGCCUGGAAUUCCCUUUCUCCUCGUCUUCUUCCUCCUACUCCACCCCUCCUCUCUUCCUGCGAGGACCCUCGUGCCCACUCCACUGCGGACCCCCGAACACUUUAAGGAAUAAGCGUUGGCAGCUGCACGAUUCACUCUCUCCGAAACCUCAUGGGCAGUUUCUCCCGGCGAUGAUGGAGAAUCUAAUAAGGGGAAGGAAUCCCCCACAAUAUCAGAGAAGUCCUUGUAAAGAAGUUCGUGCAGCACUUCGGAAGAGGCCUGAAGAAGAGUUGCAGUGCCUGGAGAUGACCACCAAGCGGAAAAUCAUCGGCCGACUGGUGCCGUGCCGAUGUUUCCGAGGUGAAGAAGAAAUCAUCUCAGUUUUAGACUACUCCCACUGCAGUCUUCAGCAGGUGCCGAAGGAGGUCUUUAACUUCGAGCGGACAUUAGAGGAGCUUUAUCUAGAUGCCAAUCAAAUCGAAGAGCUACCCAAGCAAUUGUUCAACUGUCAAGCUCUAAGAAAACUAAGUAUUCCUGAUAAUGAUCUUUCAAAUCUGCCAACCACUAUUGCUAGUUUAGUUAAUCUUAAAGAACUCGACAUCAGUAAAAAUGGUGUACAAGAAUUUCCAGAAAACAUUAAGUGCUGUAAGUGUUUAACAAUUAUUGAAGCCAGUGUCAAUCCCAUUUCUAAACUCCCUGAUGGCUUCACGCAGCUUCUAAAUCUGACCCAGCUCUACCUGAAUGACGCCUUUCUUGAAUUUCUUCCAGCUAAUUUUGGAAGACUUGUCAAAUUGCGGAUCUUGGAGUUAAGAGAAAAUCAUUUGAAAACUCUACCAAAGUCAAUGCACAAACUGGCCCAGUUGGAAAGACUUGACCUAGGCAAUAAUGAAUUCAGUGAGCUGCCUGAAGUUCUGGAUCAAAUACAAAAUUUAAGGGAGCUGUGGAUGGAUAAUAAUGCAUUACAAGUGCUACCUGGGUCUAUAGGGAAGUUAAAGAUGUUGGUAUACCUGGAUAUGUCAAAAAACAGAAUAGAAACAGUUGACUUGGACAUUUCUGGAUGUGAAGCCCUUGAAGACCUCUUACUGUCAUCCAAUAUGUUGCAACAGUUGCCUGAGUCUAUAGGACUGUUGAAAAAACUAACUACUCUAAAAGUAGAUGACAAUCAACUUACAAUGCUACCCAACACAAUCGGAAAUUUAUCUUUAUUGGAAGAAUUUGACUGCAGCUGUAAUGAACUGGAGUCUCUACCUUCUACUAUUGGCUACCUUCAUAGUCUUCGAACAUUAGCAGUCGAUGAGAAUUUCCUUCCAGAAUUACCCCGAGAAAUUGGAAGCUGUAAGAAUGUAACAGUAAUGUCUCUACGUUCCAAUAAACUGGAAUUUCUUCCUGAAGAGAUUGGACAGAUGCAGAAGCUAAGAGUCUUAAAUUUGAGUGACAACAGAUUGAAGAAUUUACCAUUCUCAUUUACCAAACUUAAAGAGCUUGCAGCUUUGUGGCUUUCUGACAAUCAGUCCAAAGCCCUUAUCCCUUUACAAACUGAAGCCCAUCCAGAAACAAAGCAAAGAGUAUUGACUAACUACAUGUUUCCCCAGCAACCUCGUGGUGAUGAAGAUUUCCAGUCAGACAGUGACAGCUUUAACCCUACACUGUGGGAAGAGCAGAGACAACAACGCAUGACUGUUGCCUUUGAAUUUGAAGAAAAAAAGGAAGAUGAUGAAAAUGCUGGGAAAGUUAAGGAUCACUCCUGCCAAGCCCCCUGGGAAAGGGGCCAGCGUGGGAUUACUCUCCAACCUGCCAGACUGUCUGGCGAUUGCUGCACACCAUGGGCCAGGUGUGAUCAGCAGAUCCAAGAUAUGCCCGUCCCCCAGAAUGACCCACAGCUGGCAUGGGGUUGUAUAAGUGGCCUCCAGCAGGAAAGGAGCAUGUGUACUCCAUUGCCAGUUGCAGCACAAUCCACCACUCUUCCCUCUCUAAGUGGCAGACAGGUUGAAAUAAACCUAAAACGAUAUCCAACUCCUUAUCCAGAGGAUUUAAAGAAUAUGGUAAAAUCUGUUCAAAAUCUGGUGGGUAAGCCAAGCCAUGGAGUGCGUGUUGAGAAUUCAAAUCCAACUGCUAACACGGAGCAAACUGUGAAAGAAAAAUAUGAACACAAGUGGCCUGUAGCCCCAAAGGAGAUUACAGUGGAGGAUUCUUUUGUUCAUCCAGCUAAUGAAAUGAGGAUUGGGGAACUUCACCCUUCAUUAGCUGAGACCCCUCUGUACCCACCCAAACUUGUUCUGCUAGGGAAGGACAAAAAAGAAUCAACAGAUGAGUCUGAAGUUGACAAAACUCACUGUCUGAAUAACAGUGUUUCCUCAGGCACUUACUCAGACUACUCGCCUUCCCAGGCUUCCUCAGGAUCCUCUAACACCCGGGUUAAAGUGGGGUCCUUGCAGACAACAGCUAAAGAUGCAGUACAUAAUUCUUUAUGGGGUAACAGGAUUGCGCAAUCUUUCCCACAGCCUCUCGAUUCAAAGCCAUUACUCAGCCAGCGGGAGGCUGUUCCCCCGGGGAAUGUACCGCAGCGUCCGGACCGGCUGCCAAUGAGUGACUCCUUCACGGACAACUGGCCUGAUGGUUCACAUUAUGAUAACACAGGGUUUGUUGCAGAGGAGACCGCAGGCGAGAACGCCAACAACAAUCCUCUCUUAAGUUCAAAAUCUAGAAGCACAUCUUCUCAUGGACGCAGGCCUUUGCUUAGGCAGGAUAGGAUUGUUGGUGUUCCCCUGGAACUCGAGCAGUCUACACACAGACACACACCAGAAACAGAAGUGCCUCCUUCCAAUCCCUGGCAGAAUUGGACCAGAACCCCUAGUCCUUUUGAAGACAGGACCGCUUUCCCUUCCAAAUUAGAGACAACCCCCACCACCAGCCCAUUGCCUGAAAGGAAAGAACAUAUAAAAGAAUCUGCUGAAAUACCUAGUCCUUUUUCUCCAGGAGUACCAUGGGAGUAUCACGAUUCCAAUCCCAACAGGAGUCUUAGCAAUGUCUUUUCUCAAAUCCACUGCCGCCCGGAAUCUUCUAAAGGUGUUAUUUCCAUUAGCAAAAGCACAGAGAGGCUUUCCCCACUCAUGAAAGAUAUCAAGUCCAAUAAAUUCAAAAAGUCACAGAGUAUCGAUGAGAUUGACAUUGGUACAUACAAGGUGUAUAACAUACCGUUAGAAAACUAUGCUUCUGGGAGUGAUCACUUAGGAAGCCAUGAACGGCCAGAUAAAAUGUUGGGGCCAGAGCAUGGUAUGUCCAGUAUGUCUCGAAGCCAGUCGGUCCCGAUGCUGGAUGACGAGAUGCUCACGUAUGGAAGUAGUAAAGGGCCACAGCAACAAAAAGCUUCCAUGACCAAAAAAGUCUAUCAGUUUGACCAAAGUUUCAAUCCCCAAGGAGCAGUGGAAGUUAAAGCCGAAAAGAGGAUACCGCCCCCCUUUCAACACAAUUCUGAGUACGUGCAACAGCCCGGCAAAAACAUCGCCAAGGAUUUGGUUAGUCCCAGAGCUUACAGAGGAUACCCACCGAUGGAGCAAAUGUUCUCGUUUUCUCAGCCAUCCGUUAAUGAGGAUGCUGUGGUGAAUGCCCAGUUUGCAAGCCAAGGUGCCAGGACGGGCUUCCUGAGAAGAGCCGACUCCCUGGCGAGCUCCACAGAGAUGGCCAUGUUUAGAAGGGUCAGUGAACCUCAUGAGCUGCCUCCGGGUGAUAGGUACGGCAGACCUCCCUAUAGGGGCGGUCUGGAUCGCCAAAGCAGCGUUUCAGUGACUGAGUCCCAGUUCCUGAAAAGGAAUGGCAGGUACGAAGAUGAACACCCUUCAUAUCAAGAAGUGAAAGCUCAGGCGGGAAGUUUUCCAGUUAAAAACCUUACGCAGAGGAGGCCAUUGUCUGCAAGAAGCUACAGUACAGAGAGUUACGGUGCCUCCCAAACCAGGCCAGUUUCAGCUAGGCCUACUAUGGCAGCUCUUUUGGAAAAACUGCCAUCUGACUAUAACUUGGGUAACUAUGGUGACAAGCCAUCAGAUAACAGUGAUUUAAAGCCAAGGCCCGCCCCUGUGAGGGGAGAGGAGAGCUGUGGGAAAAUGCCUGCAGACUGGAGACAGCAGCUGCUUAGACAUAUAGAAGCUAGAAGGUUAGACAGGACCCCGUCCCAGCAAAGCAACAUUUUAGACAAUGGACAAGAAGAUGUAUCUCCUAGUGGCCAAUGGAAUCCUUAUCCUCUUGGGAGGCGGGAUGUACCUCCGGACACCAUUACUAAAAAGGCAGGCAGCCACAUCCAGACUCUGAUGGGGUCCCAAAGCCUUCAGCAUCGUAGCCGGGAGCAGCAGGGAUAUGAAGGGAAUAUAAACAAAGUGACCAUCCAGCAAUUUCAGUCACCAUUGCCUAUUCAGAUCCCCUCUUCACAGGCCACCCGGGGACCUCAGCCUGGACGGUGCUUAAUUCAAACUAAAGGGCAAAGGAGUAUGGAUGGCUAUCCGGAGCAGUUUUGUGUGAGAAUAGAAAAGAAUCCUGGCCUUGGAUUCAGUAUCAGUGGUGGAAUUAGCGGACAAGGAAAUCCAUUUAAACCUUCUGACAAGGGUAUCUUUGUUACUAGGGUUCAGCCUGAUGGACCAGCAUCCAACCUGCUGCAGCCUGGUGAUAAGAUCCUUCAGGCAAAUGGACAUAGUUUUGUACAUAUGGAACAUGAAAAAGCUGUAUUACUACUGAAGAGUUUCCAGAACACAGUAGACCUAGUUAUUCAACGUGAGCUUACUGUCUAAAUAUUUUUUAUAAAUAGUGAAGAUACAUCUUAGCCAGACCUAAUGUUCAAAAAUAAAUUUAUACAUAGAAACAAAUUUUGCCAAUUGCUGGACCAAUGGCAAACAUUAGUGCCAAAUGUAUAAUACUAUAUGUUAGCACUGAUCAUCCUUAAAAAUGUUAACUAUAUAAAUAUGAUGUUCAUGUGGUUAUGUAUUAGUUUUAAUUGUCAGCCUCUGGCUGUGCAUUGGUGCAGUUUUGUUUUUGUUUUUGUUUUGUUUUUUUUAAUCAAAUAAGUUUCUUCUCGAAGUGGAUUUCAUAUAAUUUCGGAGCACGGAAGCACAUACAAGCUCUUUACAAAUUCUGCUCUCCAUCAAAAACACUGCCUCAAAGUUGUAUAUGCCUUUAUAUAGAAAAUACAAAUAUAAAGAAUUGUAAUUCCCAUAAAAUAUUUCUAGCACAGGUAUAUGUUGGCAUAUAUACAAAAAGAAUAUAGAGAAAAACAAUAUUUUCAUAAACUAAACAUCUCGGAUUGAGAAAGAAACUAUAUCUUAAAAUAAGACUUUACUAUAUUGAAUCUUUUUCAAUAAAAAAUUACAUGAUAAUGCCUUAUGAAAGUAACUGUACAUAUGGUAUAAAGUGUUUAUAUUUGGUUCCAUAUUCAUUUGCUAAAUUCUCAUAACACAGAGUGAAAUAUUUCAUAAAUUAGCCAUUUAUCUCUGGGACCGGACUAAAAAUAGGACAAACUAAUUUGUUCAAUGCCUUUAGCUAAUUACAAUACACACAGAGUUAAGAAACAGACAAAAGGUCAUUAUAGAUAAAUCUUUUUCACCACAAAUUUAAGCAGUGAAUGAUGGGUGGCAGGAAAGGUAUUGCUUUAUUUCUUUCAAGUUUAUGUUGAUUAUAAACUGUAGCCCCUGUGAUUUCUUUACUUGUAAAUGUGGAAUUUAUUUGUGUGUUGCUUUAUCUAAUUUGCUACUUUUAAGAAAUUUAAAAUGAGUUUUGGAGAUUGAUAAAAUUUAUCAUUAAGAAAGACCGUUGUUAGAAAGUUAUGGUGGAUGAUUAAAAAACUUUGGUAUUCAAAUAUGAAACUUCAAAUAUAAUUUCUCAGAGCUGUGGUCUACCUGUAUUGUUAAUUUCAGUGCCUGUUUUGGGGGGCAAAAAUAGAGAAAAUACUUUUUUUCCAAAAAUGUUUCAAAGUAUAAAAUUAUGGGUUCUGUCUUACUGAAAGACAAGCAUAGUUAAUAGAGAAUUCAUUAUUUUUACAUUAGAAUUGUUUUCCUCUAUAAAUGAUCAAAAUUCAUUUUAUAAUCCUUUAAAAUACUUCUUUUAUAUAUUAGUCAUUAAUUUGAUUAGAAUAUUAAUUUAAAAUUCCAGAAUAAUUUCCCAGAGUUGGUUUUAUGCAUGCUCUCUCAUAUUUCCACAUAGCUCUUUAUAUAUAUAUUAUAUAUAUAUACUAGUAUAUAUAUAUAUAUAUAUAUAUAGUGGAUUUAGUUUACAUGCUAGUGUUUCAAGUAUUCUAUUAGGAUUUUCACAAUAGUAUCAUAUAUGGAUGUCACCAAAGCUCUGAGAGUAAUAUUUGUAAGUUAACUGUUUUAUGGGGGACAUUGAAAAUACUGUAUUUUUGUAGGGUCUAUUAAAAUGAGUGUCACUUAUUAGAAGUACAGUGGUAUUUUUUGGCAAUAGAAUUUGUCACUUGAAGGCAAAUGAUACUUCACUUUAUAGAUGAUGCACUAAUUUUGAUGUUGCUUUAUGUCAGGGUGACAUUAUACCAUGAUUUUAUAGGGUUUGACAUUUAGCAAAUGAUUAAAUGAUUGGCCUAUUUAAUAUGUUUCCCAGAAGUAACUUUUAAAUGCAUUUUAAUAUAUCGACAGUUUCUGAUGAGAAAUGUCUUUCAAGAGCCUAAUUUUCUUUGUCAAAAACUCACACCAAACCAUGGUACCACCAUUUCCGGCUGCUAUUAUAGGAUGAUCAUCAUUAAUCAAGAUGGAGGCCCCCACCGGCCUCACAAGAUCACUUAAAGGAAAAACAAACUCCCAGGUGUAGUUUGGUUGGCAAUGGAGCAUCUCAACUCAUCCCAUCAGUUUUGUUUAAUCUCUUAUGGGAGAGGUGGAAGAAGAGCCAGAUAGAGGACCACCCAAGUCUCUUUUCUUAUGUCAGGUUUCCACAUCAGACCCAGGGCUUCAGGAGAUGCUUCUGAGGCACAAAGCUAAAAGGAUCAUAGUAAACACCUCUUCCACUCCUGAUGUGACAACAGUGUCCUGGCCCCGGGCUCUCAUCCUUCCUGUACUACAGGAAAGGAGGAAAAGAAAAAGCGUUCCUGACCCACUGGAAAAGAAAUCUGAUGUUUCAAAGCACCUCGUUGUCAAUUGUACUGCUGUGCUGCCUACUGAGAAAAGGCAGGUAAUAAUGAAAAGAGGCAUUUUUUUUUUAGAUUGAUUGAAAAAAAUCACUAAUUACUUGACAGGUUAAAAAAAAUUGAAUUUAUUCCAUAGGUGAUCUAAACCAAAAAUACAUUAAUUUCCCAGUAUUGACUUUUGGAGUAACUGGUUUUGCUCCCUGAAAUUAGAAUCUGGUUUAUGUUAACCACCCCUCCCCACAAAAAAAAAAAAAAAAAAGUUAAAGGUGUGCCUUUUUAAAAAAGAAAAUCGACGACAACAAAGGAGUGGAAUUCAUGAUUCCAAUAGACUCGCCUCUUGGUCUUUGAUUUUUAUUGAGAUCUUCCUACUGAGGAAGUUGCCUCGAUCUGGUGGAUUAGUAAGACACAAUGAAGGGGAAUGGGAAAGAUCAGGGUGGAAAGAAUAAGCACUGAAAAGUAUUGGUAGAAUUCCUGCAGAUUUUGCAAAGCCAAAUAGACGUUAAUGGACAAUUUUUAAAACUACUGACAUGGCUUAAAAUACAUUGCCCACAAAAGCUCUCUUAUGAUAAUUCCUGGUUUCCAGACAAUAGAAGUCACCUUAACAAACAUAGUAAUUUCAAAAUAUAGGUAUACUUUUGACAAGGAAUAUUCAAAGUCAGUGUAACAUACUUAUAUGUACAUCAUGCUAAUUUAUUGCUCAUUGAAACCUAUAAAAUACAUGUGUCCCAGUUAAUUAAAACUGUUAGUUGCAUAAACAUCAAACAAUCCCAGUUGUUUCUAGGUCUUACAUUGGAUUAUCACUUUCAAGAUGAAAAGCAGUUUUAAAGAGAGGAUGACAAAUCAGCAUUAAUUUGUUUUUAAUCUUGAAGAUGACAGCACACAUAUUAUUAAUAUAAUUGCUUAUAUAAAAAGUAGGACUGAGAUAUCUUUCAGCGGGUGAACUAAAGAGAUAGUAUACCCAGACAGAGGAAAAUGAAGAAAUUAGAUUUGCACAUUCAA